AUGAUUCCAAUUGCUCGAAACUCCGUCCUGCGGGCUGCCCGCUCCCAGAUUUACCCUGCCCGCUCUUUGAGCUCGACCUCGGCGCUUGCCCGUCUCCUCUCGACCCUCGCAGUUCUCGAGCAGCGCGACGGUAAGCUGCAGAACUCGUCGCUCUCUGCAAUCGCGGCUGCACAGAAGCUCGGUGGCCCUGUAACGGCAUUCCUAGCUGGUACCGGUGUCAAGGGUACCUCCGCUGCCGAGGCGGCGAAGAUCCAGGGCCUUGACAAAGUUGUUGCCGUGGAAAAUGAUGCUUAUGAGAAGGGUCUUCCCGAAAACUACGCUCCUCUUCUCGUCGAAAACAUCAAGAAGGGCGAAUACACUCACAUUGUCGCAGGCCACUCGGCCUUUGGCAAGAGCCUUCUGCCCCGAGUUGCUGCUCUCCUUGAUGUUCAGCAAGUGUCGGACAUCACCGGUAUCGAGAGUGAGGACACUUUCGUCCGCCCCAUCUACGCCGGUAACGCCAUUUUGACCGUCCAAUCUACCGACAAUAUCAAGGUGAUCACUGUGCGAGGCACCGCUUUCCAGGGUGUGGAGACCGAGGGUGGCUCCGCAGAGAUCGUUGAUGGCGUUGACUCCAACGCUCCAGCCCAGACUGAAUGGGUGUCCGAGGAGCUGGCCAAGUCCGAGCGCCCGGAUCUUGCCACCGCUACCCGUGUUGUUUCCGGCGGCCGUGGUCUGAAGUCGAAGGAGGAGUUUGACCGCAUCAUGAUGCCCUUGGCUGACUCGCUUGGUGCUGCCAUUGGUGCCUCCCGUGCCGCCGUUGACAGCGGCUUCGCUGAUAACAGCUUGCAAGUUGGCCAGACCGGCAAGAACGUUGCCCCCCAGUUGUAUCUUUGCGCUGGUAUUUCUGGUGCCAUCCAGCACUUGGCUGGUAUGAAGGACAGCAAGGUCAUCGCUGCCAUCAACAAGGACCCAGACGCGCCGAUCUUCCAGGUUGCUGACGUUGGUCUUGUUGGCGAUCUGUUUGAGAAGGUCCCUGAGCUGACCGAGAAGGUGAAGAGCGCUUAG